AUGGCCAUGUCCAAGUACGAGACCAUCAUCUGGGAGAAAGAGAUGAAGGACGAGAUCAAGUUUAUUUCCUACAAGCAAAGAAUCUUCGCGCCUGGACCUGCUAAAUACAGGUCUGCCCUCAUCGUGUACGACGGACCGGACGACAACUACUGGAGAGUUCUGAUGUGCGCGGAUUCAUCAGAAUCUUCUGUCGGUGCGAGCUUAGAGGCACUUCUGGGCGAGUUGCGUGAGCUGAUGGAAUCGCAUAUGAGUGAGUCUCACAAUACGCUCGCUGAACAAGUUUUCUGUACUUUAAUGCUGACUUGA